GAGAGUGCAUUUCGUUCCAUCAAAACAACAAGAAGAAAGAGGAAGAAGAAGGAGAAAGAACCUCUCUGUAGUUUCGGCCUUCGGUUUUUCUUCUGCUUUAGAAUUUAAAGAGGAAUUCGGGGGAGAAUUCAAAGCUUUUCUCUGAGCCUGUUGUGUGUUCGCGGGAGAGACAAGGAGAGAAGAGCUUGCAGAGAUACAUUCACAAGAGCUUUUGGGGGAAUUUGAAGUGAAAUCAAUCGAUUUCCUGGGAUAAUUUCCAAGCUGGAUCUCAUUUCAUUGAAAUUUACAGAGAAAAGGUCGAGAAAUCUAGUUUAAAGGUACAUUUCCAGGAGAUUUGACCCCUUUUUUUGAAGAAAUCUCAACUGGGGUAUGAGAUAAAGAAGAACAAGCAUCUCUCAUUCAUGAGUGUCAGGGACAUAGGCUCUAAGUUUCAAUCAUUUCGUUGAUUUUCGGCUCUAGAUUUGCAUUUUGCAAAGUCAGAAGGCCUAGAAGAGCAAGAUUGCCCAAAAGAAGCAAACUUUCUUUAGCAAAUUCAGGAUUGUAGCUGCUUGCGAAAUCUCAGUAUAACAGGUGUACAAAAGGAGAUGGAAAGGGACUGUCUUAGGCACACCCAUACUAAAGACACCCACAAUUCCAACACUCGAGACAGAACCGGAGGGGACGCCUCAGCCUCUCUGCUGUUGAGAGCGAGUUCCGAUGCCAUACGACACGCAACGACGUCGUCCGAUUUCGUUUUGCAGUGGGGGAACCGCAAGCGCCUCAGGUGUAUGAAGAUCCAGGUCAAGGACAAGGGCAAAGACGACUCCGACGCCCCGGUUACCCGAACCACAGUCCGGGUCGACCGCCGGGUAUUCCGACCCGAUAAGGACCCAGCCAAUCAGCCCUCCACCGCCGGUAACUCUAAUCAGACGAAUGGGUAUUUAAAUCUCCGUCAACGGCCGUUAUCUCCGCAGCAGCCGCCACUUCAGCGUGUUCUCAGAAACUCAGAGACCACAACAAGUGCCAUGAGAGGCCAGAGCAACGGAGGCUUGAGGGGAAUUGCAUCACCCGACAACAGAGGGGGUGCGCACGAUAAGAAAGGCAAUCACCACCACAAUCACCACCACCAUAAUAAUGAGAAUAACAACACCAAGUCUGCAGCUUCUUCGGACACGGCGCACGAUAGUAAGAAGGGGGGAGGUGGGUCUUCAUCGGGAAGCGGCGAAGCAGCGUUGGCGCCACCGAUGAUCUGGCCGCCGAAGUUCGUGAUUGCUUUGACCAACAAAGAGAAAGAAGAGGACUUCAUGGCAAUCAAAGGGUCAAAAUUGCCUCAGAGACCCAAGAAAAGAGCAAAGUUCAUUCAACGCACCCUCAAUCUGGUAAGCCCAGGAGCAUGGCUCUGUGAUCUGACCCUAGAACGGUACGAGGUCAGAGAGAAGAAGAUUUCCAAGAAGAGACCAAGAGGGCUAAAGGCGAUGGGCAACGUGGAGUCUGACUCUGAAUAGAAAGGACUUUUAGUGAAAAGACUAAUAUAGCAUUUUCGUUUUUUUUUUCCCCUUCUUUUUUUGAAGGUAUGAGAAAAAUGUUAGAACCUUUGUAAAAUCUUCACCUUUCAACCAUCAGAAUAAUGAAUGGAUUCAUUUCCGGUCCUGUAUA